CCGCGCCCGAUGUUUCGCGUGCCUCGCUUGUGCCGUUGCCAGCGGCAACAGACAAUAACAUUUCUCAAGCAAAAAUGUGACCGCCGCGGCUGGUAUUUCUUCGCUGUCACCUCGCCAGUUCUUGGGCGCACUACGUAAGCAAGGUAACGCGGUCGUGCUUGGUGAUUUCCCCCCAGCGCACGAUGUCUACUUGUCGUCGCCUCGCGUGGCCAAACGACUUCAAGUGGCCGUAAUCGGGCGCGUGUGGAGACCGUGCUAACUUUUUCUUUUCUCCGACUUUCUUCUCGCACCCCUCCUCUUGAUGCAUACUUCGUGGGAGGUCGCCCGUUGGCGCGAGCCAUGAAGAAGUUCUUCCAGAAGAAACUACUCAAAUCGUCCUCCGCCAAGAAGCAGAGCGCGGCUAGUUUGAGUUCGCAGGAUGGACACACGGAUGAAUUCUACGGAUACUCGAUCGACCUCGCCAGGACGGACUCGAGUUUCACGAAGCUCCAUAAGGCGUGCUGGCUCGGCGACGAAGAUCGGGCACGCUCGGCUGCCAAGAAAGUCGACGUCAGUUUUCAAGACAAUGAGAGCAGGAGCCCACUUCAUCUGGCAGCCGCAAGGGGUCACGUGACUAUUGUGCAGCUUCUGCUGCGUGCUCAGGCCCGGGUCGAUGCCCUGGACUCAGAGGGGAAGACUCCGUUGAUGAAGGCCGUGGAGGGCCAUCACCUGGAAACCGCUCGGUGUCUGCUGGAGCAGAGGGCUAACCCGGAUGUUCCUGACCAAAACCUGGACACGGCACUUCACUUGGCCCUUUCGACGGGACAGGCCGACAUGGCAGCGCUGCUUGUGCAGUUUGACGCCGAUGUCUCAGCAAGAAACAAGGAAGGAAUGUCGCCCUUGUACUUAGCAGCUGUGCAGCAGUACCUAGAUGUGGCUCGCCUUCUUUUAGACCGUGGUGCCCAGGCCAAUGCUGGGGACAACAAAAAAAAAAGUCCAUUGAUGGUCGCCUCAGAAGCCGGAUCUGUUGCCCUGGUUCAGCUGCUUCUUAGUCGAGGGGCCAAUGCAAAUGCCGUUGACUGUGAAGGUCACACAGCACUCGACCUUGCCAGGAGAGCUGGCCACGAGGAAUGCUCCAAGGUUCUCGCCACAAAAACUAGUAGCGCCCACGGUGGUGAAGCUGAAAGCGCUGACAUUGAGUCAUGGAAGUCGUCAAGUGACUCUGAAGCCAGCAGGAAAGGCAAGAGGCUACCAUACAGCAUUGUCAUUCCUUCGCCCUCACACCUGUCGCCGCAGCAUUCAAUUAUCAGCCACUCACCGAGCCCCAACCAUCUCGGCAUCAAAGAGCACCCCAAGCCUUACGUCUCUUCAGUUGUAAUCAAUUCCAGCACGCCACAGAAACCAGCAGCCAAUGGUGAGCCGGCAGGGAUCCAAGUCGGCGCUACGAAGAAUCACAGCUCUGAAAAGGAUGGAGAAAAGAACGGGAACAUUAUUACGAUACCCAUGAAGGAGACAACACCAAAGAAGGUGCCGGCCAAGCCCCACUUUGAAGAGAGCGACAUUCCCAGCUGGAUGGAGGAAGACGUCUCCUUCGACGAUUCUGAGGGGGACGCCAAGGCCACGUCGUUGUACGCUCCCCCGUCAGCUUCGCAGCAGAAACGCAACUCUAAGCCAGAGCCAGAACUGCACAAGUCCGUGGAAGUACUGCUCGCGUACGAUGGUCAGCAGCUGACAAAAAAUGCAGGGAUGGAGCCCGACGAAACACUCGUCAAGGAACUGCUGGAACAGGUGACAGAGCCUUCAAAAGCGCCGGCUGCCGACAAGUUGUCUGCGCCUUCUGACAGCGAUUGGGACUCGACGGAGGAAAUUGAAGACCUCCCGCCAAACAAGGUGAUGGAAGGUACAUUGGGACGUCUAGACACACUCCAAGGAACCGACGAAAUUUGGGAAAAGAACCCAAGCGUCCCUGUAAAUGCAGAUGAGACUCGGAAGGCGAGCUUUCCAAGUGGCUCCCCUCCAACAGCAGCUCCACGCAAGUCGUCCAGUAGCCCUCAGCGCAAGCAGUCGACCGAGCAGCACCAACCACGUGCAGACGAUGUCAGUACGCCACAGAGGCCUCCCCGGUUAAGUAAAAACCGGCUCCGCAGUUCUUGGAGUUCGUCAUCAUCUUCAGCGCCACCAUCAAGAGCGAGUCCACUGGUCAUUGGGGGUUCCAGGCGGCCAAGCCUUCUAAGGGACAGUAAUGGUCGGCCUGACAGCGUGUCACCGAGACCCCCCGACGAUCCGGGUGGCAACUACGGAGGCUCACAUGUUGUUCGCAAGAGAUCGAACGCCUCAAGCCGGUCGACGAAAAGCUCUAUCGCAGACAGGCAGGAAGUGACGACAAGGCACGUUGUGGAACUGACGGCACUGCCCACAUCCGACAUAGGAGACCUGGUCUCAACACUGCAGAGGGAGGUCAGCUCAACACGGGCUGAGCUGGACGAAGAAAUUCAACAUCGAAAGGAGGCAGAUUUGUUUGCCAGAGAGCUACAGCUGCAGCUCGCUAAGAGGGAGCAAGCCAUAUUAAGAGAUCAUGAAACAAAGGAUGCCAUUGACAGCAAGCUAGCUGAUCUGGAGCAGGAACUGAAAAGUGCGAAAGUGCUCAUCAAAGAUCUUCACCACGAGAUUGAGUUCCUUCAGAAACAGUUGAACUCGUACAAGGAAUCGGCCGACUUGUACAAAGAUGCGAGUGAGAAGCAAGAGGCAUUGUUUAAGGAAAUUGUCAGCGAGAAGGAGAAACAGUGGGCUGAAGAACGUGAGAAGCUUCUGCUAAAAAUCAACGAAAAAGAUGUUCAUUUAUUGACUGCGCAAACAAGUACUGAGUUUGCUGCCAUACAGGAGAAGCUCGGUGCCCUGCACGAAGUCCUCGCAUCACUCAAUCUCAAGGCCGACUCAGCACACAGCAUUGAGCGAGCUGAGGAAGGAAUCGCCAGGCUGCUCACCUUGUCUACAUCUGCUCUGAAGGACCUGCAGAAGCUCUCUGAGAGCGCAGAGCAGACCUCCCGUGUUCUCCACAGCAUCGACAACAGCUUUCACGCCAAGAGGUACGACUUAGGCUCAGACAGGAAUGCGAACAACUUGCUCGAGGAUGAUGCCAACAACCAGCUCGCAACAACGGCGUCUUUGACGCAGAAUUUCGGCGGCAUCAACCAGACACUCGAACGCCUCGAAACUAAUCAAAAAGUGCUAACAGACACGCUCGAGGAGAUACAAGCGGUGUUGGCGAGCAAAAUGAGCUCCGGCUCUGCGCCUCGGGAAGAACUAAAUUCUUCAUAUCUGCCAUCGAAUGGCCACAUCGCUGCUGUUCCAUCCGCUACUGCGGCAAGCGCGGACUUGUCCGACAUCAGGGAAGGUGUUGGGCGGGUGUUGGACAGGCUCGACUUCUACGCCGAUGAGAUCAAAAAGGCGUCGCAGUCGGAGGUGACAAACGCCACCCAAAAAGUGGUGGAAGCGUUUGCAGAGUACCAUGCUGCCACAAAGCAGGAAAUGCUAAAUUUGCUGAAUAAGGUGGCAUCGUCGCAGAAGAAUGCUCUUGCUACCUCCACCGCAGGUCAUUUGGCUGCGAAGGGCAGCUGUGAUGACGAGGAAGCCUUCAAUGGCUCGGCUUUGUCUGACGAGUUUGCCGAGAUCAGAUUGAAUCAGAGCACCGCACUUCGCGAGCUGCAGAGCCUAAAGGACGAGCUUAUCCAGAUGGACACGAGUGGCAUGUUUGCAAGGCUGGAAUCAUGUCAUGAGAGGGGCAUCCAACAGGUCUCAAAGAUUGUGGAGCCCGUCUCGACUGAGCUGAAGUCUAUGCAGGUAACCAUGCAACGGCAGCACGAAGACCUUCUCAACCGCAUGGGCGAACCCGGCAAUGUGCCAAGUUCGGCACAGUGGCAGGAGGUGCUGCACCGACUUGACGGUAUGCUGGAGCAGACUGCCUCCCUGCGGAAGAAAGACCGUGCUGGCUGUUUGCGCCGUAUAUCGGCAGACCAUAGGGAGAACAUGCCAGAUGCAGACCUCACAGCCGUGCUCAACAACCUGGCCACCACGCUGACCGACCUCAAGAACGAGGUGCGCAGACGUGAGAGCCUCCGAAGUGAAGCUGCACACACUACUUACAUUGCCCAGGUUGAAGAGAAGCAAGCUGCCAACACCACAAGUCUCACUAAGGAAUGCUUAUUAGGAGAUGCCAAGCUGGCUAAAGAAAGAUACAGGAACAAGAGGGCUCUGCUGAAAUAUAAGUCGGAGCUUAAAGGCAUCAAAGAAAAACUUAAGAGCUUGAACCAUGCUUUCGAUAGAGACGGUUUCACAAGUCAUCACCAGAUUGACCGUCACGUGUCAGAAUUGCAAAGAAAGAUUGACCUGCUGUCACUGAAGAUAGAAUCUGAUCGCCAUUAUCGAAUGGAUUUGGAGAUUAGUGACCUCAAAACAGAAAUGCAGCAGAUCAGGCAGCAGAUGGCCCGAGAAGAGUUGCUCAAGUCAACCUUGGGCUUCACGGCGCAACCUGAGAGACUCGAGCCUGAAGAAACACGUCCGAAACGUUUGGAACAGAAUGGACAACAGGAUUUUCUAUUUGAAAAGUACAGGAGCGACUUGUCCGCAGAGAUCAGCAAUCUGCAGAGAAACCUCAGCUCUGAGCCGGAUCUCCAUUAUUCGUGGUUGUCGUCAAAAAAGGGGGAUACACUGGAGGAAGACAAGAAAGUGGACGUGUCAGCCAACAAGAGCUUUCCCAGGCGCAAGCCACCGAAUCAAAACCAGUCCACGCCACAUCGGGUGCCCCUGUUUCCUGAGCAUCUGCCUAGUUGGCCCAUGAGUCCGGUAAAGAGGACAGCCCCACCAGUGCCGACACAGAGUGCAGCCACACGUCAGCGUGUUCAAGCCAUGUUGGAUGAAUCUUUUGCAAGGCACAUGACUGCAAGAAACACCUUUGUGACUGCACCGAGCAUUGAAGUUGAUGGCAUGGACGCUCAACUGAAAAAGUCACUGGCCGAGCUGACCAACUCUCUGGAAAAAACUUACCUGGUGUGAUGCCGCACACGACGUUGUUUGUUGCUAGUCUUGGGAACCUUCUCUCUUUUUUUUUUUAACAUACACUGGGCAUUCUUCUGUGUACCAUAUUUCUGCAUUUUCUCGAAUAUAGCCUGCACAAAAUGUACAGAUAAUUCGGAGCAAUAGUCAGGGUGUGGGUUAUUGUGCGAUUUUGGCACGCAAGCUGGCUUUACGGCACUGCUUCACGAUAGUGCAAGCAGGGUGGCUACAUGGCAGUACGAGGGGAUCCUUUCUGAAAUUAUUUUUCUGCGGUUCAUGGUUGGGGUUGUGGGUUAUAUGCAGGGUAGGAUUAUACGCGAGGAAAUGCAGCCAUAGCCAGCCAUACUGCAUAGCCAUAGCUGUGUAGCCAUAGCAGUCGCAGAGGCCAUGUCUUAAGUGUCACCGCUCAAAGCCGCAUCAGCGCACAGUCACCACUGCACCAAGUUUGUUGGAAAUUUAAAGUAACCUCAUUUUGCUGAUCUCCUCUGCUCUGCAUUUGUUGAUUGUGGUAGCUUGAUGCCAUAUUUUAUUGUGCUUUUUUUAGCUUAAAUCUAUUACCCAACUUCAUUUGUUGAUUGCAGAAGAAACAGGUUAUUAUACAAGCAAAAAUACGUAGGUUGGACGAUGCGUAUAGAAGCUGCAUCUACCAUACUUUUAACAUAUUCAAUAUUCAUUAUAGACUUGCAAGAAGAUAUUGGCGUUAAAAAAAAAAGAUGCGAUGACAUCUUACUUAUUUAUACUGAAUUAUUUGUUAUACUAUUGAUGUUUUUUUAUAUUGAGGUGAGACUGUUACACACUGUAAAGUACACAAUGCAGUCUACUUAUAUGAAUAAGAACUACUGUAUAGAUGACUGCUGUGGACAUCGUUCACAGCGUAUGCUUACGAGGUACCCAUUUGGCUAAAUAUAUCACUUAACAAUCAGCAUUUCUAAAGCUGUUGCCAUCUUUAUAAAUGGACUGCACUGUUGGUAUAUCUUGAAGGCAGAUCUGAGGUCUAUUCCAUGUAUACUCAUAAUAUAGGACUAUUAAAGGAGCAGAGACAUUGUUAUUACAAUUUCAUGCUAUUUACUUUAUACGUCAAUGGAGUAGGAGUGCACGCAUUGAUCAUGUAACCUACGUUCGUUACUUUGAAGCAUCCUCAACAUAAGUUAUCAGGGGUGUUUUCUUUGUAGAGUAACGUUGGCUAUGACACAGUAUGGGUAGUGAAUUAGGCAACUUGGAAACAGUCUGUUUCAUGAUGUGAGCGUGCUGCCAGACUACAUAAGACACCACUCUUCCGAUUGGCUGUGGACCUCUAAACGUGGUAAAGGUCUACAGUCUGAAAAAAAAAAAAAAAAAAAAGACAUGCUGUGUAGAAAAAGCAGUGGAAAAUCCAUGUUUGCAUUUUACUUGAUAGGAAUAUGGCUGUUAUAGAUGUCAACUUUGUGUCUAUCACAUCAAGCUUUUGUGAUUAGUCCAUUACAGUUUUACAUGUUGAAAACGUAACCCGGGAUAUGCGGGCACAUAAUGUAAUUGGUGUUUACCAGUCAUAUUGAGAGAUUUUGUGUCACGUCUUGUAGUUGGUCUAGCUUAAAAGGAAAAAAAAAAAACCUGAUCGAAAAUUUUUGUCUCUGCUCCUUUAGAAUUCUUCGAACGUUCACGUUCUAGGCAGAGCUCUUUUUUACAUUGAUUUUUACAUUUUUACACUAUUAUACAUUAUACUUUUGUUUUGCACUUUUUUUUCAUGUGCAGCGUUGUUGCAUGCUUGGCUGCAGCUAUUGUUUUGUUCAUUGCAGAAGAGCUUGCUAGGGCAGUCCUGUUUUGAAUUUGAAUUUGAUCACGUCUUUAGACGUUGAGCUCUAUUUCAGCGUGGUAGAAAGAAUGUGAAUUGAAUGGUUGUGUUAUUGUGUUUGUGGGCAGCAGAAGAUCAAGGUACUACGGGAAAAUAUUUGUGAAAACGUGCAGCUCAGAUACUACAUAUACCAAUUGGUAGAAAUAUCAGAGUAGCCGAAACUUUGCCGAAACUAAAUAUUGUGUGGGACAAAAUGAACAAGACAUUGAUGCCAUAUUCAAGCCAUGAUUGUAGCCAUAUUUUAAGCAUGUUAAUACUGGAAAUACUUCAGAAUGUGUCUCUUGUAUUCUUGAUGAUGUAAUAUUCAUGUUGUUAUUCUAGAUGUUGAUUUUGUGGAAUGGAACGUUGGACGUGACUUUCGUUUCUUGAGAGUGAACAUUAUGAAAUCACAAUUUAGAUCGCGAUGCUGAAACACGGGGGCAUAAAGUGAUCGCGCAUUGCCAGAUAUGUGUGACAAAUUUUUAUUGAUGCACUGCCUUGUAAAAAUGUGCCUUGCAACAUGUUUGCCUUCAUUCUUGUUGAAAUACUACCUGCAAACAAAUGCAUGCAUUCUGCAUACAAAGAGUAAAAUGGAAAAACACCUUGUUAGCAGACAAAGGGCUUCAUUUUAAACAUGUGUCCUUGUUCUAGUUUUAAUUCUUUAGCCCUUGUUGUUUUACUUGUAUUACAGUGGUCAGUUACGUGUUAAUAAUGUCAAUCAUAUCAACUUGCACACUUGCGACAUGCCACCUAUUGCCAAUACUACUGCAUCAAUAGACGUGAGCAUAUGUGCAAUCUAAUCAUUCUCAUAAUUGCUGCAUAAACAAGCUACAUCUUUAGAGAAGCUGCACACUUAGUGCCCAGCAUGCUUCAAAUAUCAAAUAGUACCAUCACAUCACAUCGAAGGUGCCCUAUACAUUUGUUAUACCUGCUAAAAUGUGUGGCAUACAACUUUUGUGCAAGUUGAUAGAUAAUCCUUCAGGUAGGUGCUACUUCAUAUCAGCAACUUUUCUUGAGGGUUUCGUGCACGAAUUCUCGAAUGCUUGCUCUUAUUAUAUUAUAUUUAUUUUUCAAUCUUUAUGAGCGUAUGUUUAUUACAACAGAAUACAUAAUAGAAAGGAUGAUCUCCAGGCCUCUCAUCCUUUAUAAAAGGUUGUUUUGGGCCGGUCAGAAGCAGCUUUUUUGAGCAAGCUGUUUGAAGAUGUUUCAACGCAGCAAACACAGACAUGUAGGAGUAGUGUUUGGAACCAUAUUUAUGCAGCACCAACAUUGCACACGUGCGAGAAUAGUAAAAGCAGCUGCUAGAGUUUAAAGCUGCAGAUCUGGCAGGCUGCUAUUUUCUUCCUUGAUUUUGUUGUUUAUGCAACUCAUGUUCUUGUUGAAAUGUUUUUUACAGCACUUAGAAGCACGCUUCUUUGUCUAAUAAUUACGCACAAGAGGCACAUUAUUUGUUUUACAUGAGGUUUUUCACUAUCCCAGUCACUCAUAGAAUGCAUGUUUCAUAUCGUACCCCCGUAUGUUUGCACAUGGGAAUAUCAUUGCAUGCAUUUGUUUUUAGGGAUUUACGCGCACGUAGCAGGGCAAGCACCAUUGUAUAGCAUUGAUCUGCUGUCGUGGUAGCCAUGAUUCUUUCGUACAAUUUAUAGCUGGCAAUUAAUUGUUUCUCUGACAAUAAAUCUUAGUUUUCUGUUGCCUAUCAUUGGCAGUAUGCCUGCUACCUAUCUAAUCAAAGUCAGCUCAGAUAAAGAUAACCAAACAGUUGUAAAUGACAUGAAAGGUUUGUUGGCAGUGUCAGUGUUGUUGCAGUGUCAUAUCAAGAUCAAAGUGUCUAUUUUUCUUUCUCCUGAGCACCGUUUUCUUGCACAAGUCAAGCUUUUCAAUGCCAGCUCACGUGGAGUACACAUUCUACUGCAAAUUUUUUUAUGGUAUGAGCCUUGUGCUUAACACUGUAAAAAAAUUUCUAUAAUAGGAACAUAUUGGAGCACAUCUAGUCCUUAUGAGGUACCAUAUUUACUCUUAGUGAAAGCCUCUUACAGUGAUCAACGAAGUUUUAACAUAGCUUUCAAGAGCUGCAAAAAUGCUGGUCCUUUUCUUUUAUAUCGAGCUAUCAAAGACUUGUGCUACGCCUUUGGAAUGAAAUAUUAUAUGGCUGGAGUAGACCGGCAAUAAUUCAAACUUCAAGAGGCCAUAAAUCUUCUCUCUAUUGUUAAACUUUUGAAUUUUGAAAGUUCAGUUUAAGUGUGGUCAAAAACUAUAAUGCCUCCUUCCUUAAAGCAUGCAGCAUACACAACCAGGAUUCUGGGAGUUCAAAGUAGUUAAAUUCCUUUUGUGAAUCACGUGAACAAUCCAAGUUCAAAACGUGCUGAAACAUAUCAAACUUUGCAGGUAUUGUUAUACACUAUACAUAUUUAUAGUGUCUGUGUAGAAGUUUUGAAUAACUAGACUUUGAAAUUUUUGUACAUCCACUGCACUGGGAUACUUCUAAAGUUCUUUUUUUUAGCAUUGCUGUUAAUUCGUGUACAUGUGCUAAAUUUUACAAUACAGUUCAUUGUUAAAGGGAACACUUGAAAGAACACCAUCAAUAUUGCCGGCCCUCUAACAGCAAGUGGAUGAGGAAACAAUCUUUAAGCACAUGACUAAUCUGUCAAGGGGAGUCUCAACCACCAGUACUCUUAUGCAAAUCAAAGCUACUAUGGUUCUGUAAGAUAGUGAAACCUAAACUUACUGUGCACGCAGGUGUUCCCUUUAACAAUGAAUGUGUAUGUACAGGCUGGGUUAAGAAUUCUCAGGCUAUGGUUUCAUAGAAAUACAUGAGAUAGUGGCAUGGGAACUUUUCACCCCCCUGUACAUUUUGUCGAAGGCUAGUGACACCCGAUUGUUGAUAAAUCUGUGCGACUCAUGUUAGGUGCCAUUACUGCCUCUGCUCACACUUUCUUUUUUAUAUUUAUGUAUAAAAUAUCUUUUUAGCUUUUUACAGGCAUAGGCAAAGAAGUUAAUUUACAUAGCACUAUCUUUUUAUUUUGUUUUAUUCCUUGCACAAGCACUACAGAAAGAUUUCACCUCUUGCUGCAGUCGUUAAAGGAGUCCAAACAGAUCUCAUGAAACACAAAUGAGAAGCUUGUUCAAUAUUGAACUGAAUUAGUUGGCCCUCAGUACUCACAGAAGCACAAAGAAAAAAAAAUGGCCUGUACAUUUAUGCCGUCUGUCCUUGUCUUUGUGAGUACAGCACAGGAAGUUUUCCAUUAGCGUGGUUGCUAGAGUUCGCCAUAAUGACAUUUAUGUGCUAGUUAUCAGUCAUAUAUAUCCUUUCUUUUUGUUUUGUUGCAUCACAUAUUUUCACAAUGCUACGGAUGACUACUUCAAAGCACUUGUAUUUUGUUGUGUGUGUCGAUAUAGAGGGUCUCGUGCCGAUAACUAGAUGGUGCAUUGAUUAUCACAUUGGGUUAGAAAUUAAGAGUGUUACGAUGUUUUCAUACGCACACUGCUUUCAGGAGACUACAACUACUACAAUCAUAUGCUAUGUUCUAUCGAUGGCCUGAAAAACUUCAUAGUGAAAAGUGCAUCAGUGAUAAGAAUGCAGAGCCCUUGAAUACAACUUAUCAUAUUGCCUGCCUGUUCUUUGUGCUUUUGCGCCAACUCGUGCAGACAUUUGUGGAUACAAAGUAAUUCCCAAAGUGCACUUCUGUACCUUCAUAUUAACCGUUGCAAUGAAUCUUCUCAACUCUUCUGGUGCCAAUAUUACCUUUCUGCUUAGAAUGGCUUUUAAGUGAACAAUGUGGAAAAAUAUGGCUCUGGUCAUUGUAUUGCUACAACUCAUUAUUUUGUUACUUUGUUCACAGUAAAUAGGUUUCAAAACACUAAUGUCAUGCUUACAAAACACUUAGGAAGAAGUAAGGUAUCACGUAGACCAGGAGUCUCAAUUUCACCUCAGCUAGCAGGCCGCAUUCGCAAACUUAAAGCUUCUUUCUCCCGUAAGGGCUGCAACAGUAAAGGUUGUAAAAAGGUGUUUGGAGGGUGAGAUCGAACAAAAUGUCGGCUAACAUUGCCAUCUUGGAGAAAGCUUUUCCCAUACCUCAUAUGUGGGUCAUUUCAGGAUAGUAUGGUUGCCCUCAUGCAUUCAGUGUAUGGGUUGAUGUCUCUGGAAACCCCCGCCAUUUUGUAUUAGCAUUCUGUUAGUGUAAGCAUAAGCACUAAGGCACCUGAAGAGCUGGGGAGACGUGUGUGGAUAAUAAAAACAACAAAAUGUAUUUCGAAUUUUGGAAUCAUCAGUGCUACUUUCUCAUGCAUAACAGAUACUGGAGCGUGUAAUGAGCUGCAAUUUUUAACUAAAUCAAGAACACAGUGAUCUUUUCGGUAACUCCUUUCUUAAUGUGUACUGCUGUGAGCUUCUAGAUCGAGUUGUUGUGCCACAAAAAUUAUUUGUGCAGAAUUUCUUGUUGUCCAGUGCUCCAAAGAUUUGUGACAAAGGACUCAAUCACUUUUUCAUUAAAACUGUUUGAAAGCAGGGA